CUCUCUCUCUCGCUCACACACACUCGCACACAAAGUGAUUUACAAGUUGAUGCCGGGGAGGAGGGGGGCCUUGAACCGGAUUGUUGCUUUUCUUUUUUUUUCUUUCUUUCUUUUUUUUACAUCCUUUAUUUUGUUGUUGGUAUUUGCUCACGCGAGCACGUUGUCAUAGCAGCUAGUGGAAAGUUCGUUCUAGCGGUGAGGAGCUGCCGACCGUUAGACAUUUCGGGUUUUUGUCAAUUUCACAUUUUUACGUUUGUUUAUUUUUUUUUCCUCUGUAAUCAUUUCGUGCCUUGGUGGAUCAUGAACAAGCUUUAUGUUGGGAACUUGAGUCCCUCGGUCACCGUGGAAGACCUGAAACGGCUCUUCGGGGAAAGAGAGCUGCCUGUGACCGACCAAGUCUUACUCAAGUCCGGCUACGCCUUCGUUGAUUUCCCCGAUCAGAAGUGGGCCAUAAAAGCUAUCGAGACGCUGUCAGGGAAAGCCGAGUUACACGGAAAGGUGAUCGAGGUUGACUACUCUGUUCCCAAAAAGCUAAGAAGUCGUAAGAUUCAGAUCCGGAACAUUCCCCCUCACCUGCAGUGGGAGGUAUUAGACAACCUGUUAUCACAGUACGGUUCAGUAGAAAACGUGGAGCAAGUUAAUGCUGACUCAGACACAGCUGUGGUAAAUGUCACAUAUGCUUCAAAGGAGGAAGCUAAAGAGGCCAUUGAGAAGUUGACGGGUCACAGUUUGGAUAACCACUCCUUCAGUGUGUCCUACAUUCUGGACGUGGAGGGGGGCGGAGGGUCUCAGGCCCAGCGGGUGUCAUCCCGGGGGAGCAGAGGGGCACGUGAGCCAGACUCUACACACCCCGGGGCCAUGGGGGGCCUCCAGGGGCCCCGACACGGCCAGCACGAACUCCCACUCAGACUGCUGGUGCCCACACAGUUUGUAGGAGCCAUUAUUGGCAAAGAAGGACUGACCAUCAAAAACAUCACCAAGAAGACUCAGUCCAAAGUGGAUAUCCAUCGGAAGGAGAAUGCAGGAGCUGCGGAGAAACCUAUCACCAUCCACUCGUCUCCAGAGGGCUGCUCUCAUGCCUGCAGGAUGAUCCUGGAAGUCAUGGAGAAAGAAGCCACUGACACCAAAACUGCUGAGGAGGUUCCUCUGAAAAUCUUGGCCCAUAACAGUCUGGUGGGUCGCCUGAUUGGGAAAGAAGGCAGGAAUCUGAAGAAAAUCGAGCAGGAUACUGGGACCAAGAUCACCAUUUCCCCAUUGCAAGACUUGACCAUAUAUAACCUGGAGCGUACUAUCACAGUGAGAGGAGGAGUGGAAGAGUGCUGUAAUGCAGAGGUGGAGAUCAUGAAGAAGCUGAGAGAAGCCUACGAGAACGAUGUGGCUGCUUUAAACCUGCAGACUAAUCUGAUCCCAGGUUUGAAUCUGAGUGCAUUAGGGAUUUUCUCCUCCGCUCUGCCCGUCCUGUCUUCAGCUGCUGGGCCUCGAGGAGUGGCCCCUCUUCCCACCACAUACAACCCCUUCAUGGGUCACACAUCAGCACUGGGGGGCCUGUAUGGAGCUCCUCCUACUUUACCCCUACAACAAACGGCUCCGGAGCAGGAGGUGGUGUAUCUCUUCAUCCCUACUCAGGCAGUAGGAGCUCUAAUAGGGAAAAAAGGACAACACAUAAAGGAACUGGCACGCUUCGCUGGGGCUUCCAUAAAAAUUGCCCCUUCAGACAGCCCUGAUGCUCCUGAGAGAAUGGUCAUCAUCACCGGCCCUCCUGAAGCCCAGUUCAAGGCUCAGGGGCGGAUAUUCGGGAAGCUGAAGGAGGAGAAUUUUUUCACUGCUAAGGAGGAGGUGAAGCUAGAGACACAUAUCAAAGUCCCCGCAGCAGCUGCCGGUCGAGUUAUAGGCAAGGGUGGUAAAACGGUGAAUGAACUGCAGAACCUUACUAGUGCUGAGGUUAUAGUUCCACGGGACCAAACACCAGACGAGAACGAUGAGGUGUUUGUGAAAAUUAUUGGGCAUUUUUUUGCCAGUCAGACGGCCCAGCGGAAAAUUAGGGAGAUCAUUCAGCAAGUAAAACAGCAAGAACAGAAGAACCAGCAGGGGGUGGCAACACCAUCGCAGCACACCAAGUGACCAGCAGAGGGCGCCAGCAAGCAGCAGCCUAUGAAUGUAGCUCCUCAGAGCGCAAACCAAAUGAGCAAAAAGCGCAAGAGAAAGAAAGAAAGAAAGAGCGGCAAGGAAACAGACGAGAAGGACAAGAAACACGAUCAAAACCAAAGAACUUUAACAAAACAAACAAACAAAACAAGAAAACACGACAGAGGCUCACAAGAAGAGCAAAAAAAAAAAAAGCUGUCAGUGCUCCAAACUUGACAUCGGAACGAACACGUUAGCGGGCGAGGGACGUUAAACAGUUUAACGUGUCGAGAUGCUGUCUAAUGGUACGCAAACGACCACUGUUGGUAGGGGUUGUAUCUUUGUUCUGAGAAGCACUCGUGCAGUAAUUAUCACUUAACGCAGAAGUCAUGCUGCCUAUGCGUGUAUGAGAAGAUUUUACCAGCAAACAUCGCACUUCUUGUGAUCUUACAGAAGCUACACAGGCGGUUGAGCACGUGGGCGCGCUGCGUAAACGUAGGCCGGACUUAGAAUUUGACGAUGUUGAAAGCAGACGCAUUGAUACGAACUACCUAAGGGAGGUUUGAAUAAGACGAGUAGGUCUAUUUGUUUUAACAGUGUUAAUUUAUUAGAAGACCAUAAUGUGCUUUCUAUCUAAAAACCUUUUUUUUUUUUUUCUGCUGAAGCCGUUUGUAGUUUUAAAAAUGCUACUUUAGGACACCUAGAGCAGAUUUUCCAAAGCGUUUAGCAUGGGUUAAAACGGUUAGCAUGUCCAGUUUUGAUGACACUUGGAUCAUUACAGAUUCCUUGCCCAAGCACAGCCGGGGAUUUUUGGCUGUGCAAAAGCUAAGUCAUUUUGUAAUUUUGCACUUACUAGAGUUAGCAGAUCAGGCCCUUAAUGUGAACAGUCAGGCCUAGUUGUAGGUACUCUGUUUUUUUUUACUUGUUUUUUUAAGCUUAGCACAAGCACUUCUUACCAGGAAUUGGUAAAACUGGUAGUUUGCUCUUAGUAAAAUCAGAAAAUUAGCCUGUGUGCCAACAUUUUAACAUUUUAAUUUCCCAUUCUGCUUCUCCCAGCUGCUGUUUCUGGACGUUUCUCUUCGACUCGCUUACUAUGUGUCUGUUCAGGCCCCUCCCCUUUCUUCAAGCCAGUAUGGGCAAGAUAAAAGUCUCUGCCUAAAAAAAUUAUGAGGAAAAAAAAACUGAUUAUGAUUGUAAAAUCUCAAGUCAGCCUGAAUUGCUCUGAAUUGUUCAGAAUGUCUUGUUUUGGUUAAGCCAUGUUUUGCAUUGCUCUUACAAAUGAUCUAGACUCAACACAAGCGCUUAAAAAAUCGUGAAAAGUGAAAAAACAGCGAAAGUCUUGUAAAGUGCGAGUGCAAUAAGUACAGUGUCUAUUGUGGGCUGACGUUUCGGGCUCGUAAUCAAAUCCCAGACGAGUCCGAUAGUCGUGAAUGUAUACUGUGUAACUGCCUUCUGCCGGCUGACGUGCUGUACAAGGCUAGGCAGCUAAUUUGCUAGCGUUUCCCCCUCUUUCUCUUUUUCUCCCCUUUAUUGCUUUUCUCUCAUUCUCCUCUGUCUCCCUUUGUGUCCUUUGUCCCCAAAAUGCAGUUCUUUGUUUUCUGCUGAAAAACCCGACCCCUUAAGGAUAUUUCGCCAUCAUACGGAACACGGUUUGCGAGAGUGUUUACGUUUGUUCUUAUGUAGCCUAAAUAGAGAGAGAGAAUAUUUAUGUUUUUUUUUUCUUUCCCUUUUUUCUUUUUCCUAUAAGCAUGCAAGGAUGAACAGGCAAAUGUGGGGCAAUUACGGAUUUUUUUUUUAUUAGACUUUCUUUUAACGCCCUUUAGGAUUUCUAAGAAUUAUGUUUUUAGAUUUGAUGCUGACUUUUUCAUUCAGUCAGACAUCAGUAUGAGCUUGUUGCCCUAAAAUUUGUAAAGAAAUUUGUACAAUUUGUAAACAAAAGCGGUAAAAUAUUAGCAGUUAGAGUAACAUAUCACUACAUUGAUCAUUGAUGGUGGUCAGCGUGAGAGUAGUACACACUGCAGUAUUUAAACGUUACCUGUCAAAACAUGAUCGCGAAGCAGAGCAGCGUAUGUCAGCCAUUGCUCGAUUAAGGAAAAAAAAAAGCAAGAUAUGACAAAGCAAUGCCAAUAUGAUUGUCUACACAGGUCAAAAAGGCGACCUUUUACGCAAACUCGUACGAUAAUAACAUUCUACCUCAAGAACAGGGUACCUCAGUCCAAUGUUUUGAUUUCUUUUUACGUAUUUUGUAUACCUUGUAAAGCUCGACACUUUGAGCGUUUUUUAAUUCAUUUUCUAAAUAAAAAAAGAAGAAGAGCGACAAAAAGAACUAGGAAAGAAAGUGUAUAGCACCAACAUGCUUUUUCUUGGGAAAAAGGGGCUCCUGUGUGUCCCUUUGCAUCAGAAACUGUGCUGUGCUUAUUGGACCUUAAGAGUUCCUUGUUGAGGUUUAAUAGAACUACCCCUACUGCAACUGACCAGCUGGCUAGAUCACAUUAGUAUAGGCAUUACUCGCAUUAAGCUAGAUUCGUUUGGACGGACAAAUUUGAAUUGAAAUGGAUAAAAUAGGCGAUGUGCUGAAAAGAAAACGGAAAGGAUAGCUAGCUAAGACAAUUAAGGAAAACUUGAAGAAGAAAAAAACCCUGCUUGCUAGGCACAAGUUAUGUAAACCGUAAGUCUUCUUUUUGCAGUGUAAUUCAGUAACGGAUAAGUCUUUCCACUCCAUUGUAUGUUUUAGGGAAAAGAGUACGGUAUCUUGAGAUUAGUUUGGACAUUAACACAUCUGUUCUGACUAGCGCGCUAACACCAGUCUGCAUGGUUUUAGCACAUUUAGGGAGAUUAGUUGAAAGAGAUUUGAGUUUGAUCCUGUCGUAUGCCAUUUGAUCUCUGUCUGUAGUAGAACUUUGCUCACUGUUACACUCGGUGGUUGUUGUUUUUGUUUUUUUUUCGACUUUCAGGCCCGUUUCUUUACAGUUUGGAGGGCACCGACAGUUGCCGCGUAAUCAGAUGCAUGACGAUCCAGCUCUAGAACGUCCGCGCUUCUGGAGUUUUUCACUUCUUUUCUGAUUUUUUUCAGUUUUUCUCUGUGUCAGGUUGUUGCCACCUGUACUGUGAAUGGUUUGUGCUUUUAGGUAAGUCAGACCAGGGAAGGCACUGGCUUAUACGAGGUGCUUAAUAGCAGAAGUGGGUUUUAGAGGAGGCACAAGCUUUUACUCGCUGCAGAUUCACUUUUCAGUUUGGAGGGUUUUCUUUUUUAUUUCUUUUAUUUCUUUUAUUUCUGGUAAACCACACAGCCCACCAGCUUGGACAUGAGCAAUAAAGAGACACUUUAAAACAAUGUUA